AUGGGUGGUGGAUAUGGGUGGUGGAUAUGGGUGGUGGAUAUGGGUGGUGGAUAUGGGUGGUGGAUAUGGGUGGUGGAUAUGGGUGGUGGAUAUGGGUGGUGGAUAUGGGUGGUGGAUAUGGGUGGUGGAUAUGGGGGGUGGAUAUGGGUGGUGGAUAUGGGUGGUGGAUAUGGGUGGUGGAUAUGGGGGGUGGAUAUGGGGGGUGGAUAUGGGGGGUGGAUAUGGGUGGUGGAUAUGGGUGGUGGAUAUGGGGGGUGGAUAUGGGGGGUGGAUAUGGGGGGUGGAUAUGGGUGGUGGAUAUGGGUGGUGGAUAUGGGUGGUGGAUAUGGGGGGUGGAUAUGGGUGGUGGAUAUGGGUGGUGGAUAUGGGUGGUGGAUAUGGGUGGUGGAUAUGGGUGGUGGAUAUGGGUGGUGGAUAUGGGUGGUGGAUAUGGGUGGUGGAUAUGGGUGGUGGAUAUGGGUGGUGGAUAUGGGUGGUGGAUAUGGGGGGUGGAUAUGGGUGGUGGAUAUGGGUGGUGGAUAUGGGUGGUGGAUAUGGGGGGUGGAUAUGGGGGGUGGAUAUGGGUGGUGGAUAUGGGUGGUGGAUAUGGGUGGUGGAUAUGGGGGGUGGAUAUGGGGGGUGGAUAUGGGUGGUGGAUAUGGGUGGUGGAUAUGGGGGGUGGAUAUGGGGGGUGGAUAUGGGGGGUGGAUAUGGGUGGUGGAUAUGGGUGGUGGAUAUGGGUGGUGGAUAUGGGGGGUGGAUAUGGGUGGUGGAUAUGGGUGGUGGAUAUGGGUGGUGGAUAUGGGUGGUGGAUAUGGGUGGUGGAUAUGGGUGGUGGAUAUGGGUGGUGGAUAUGGGUGGUGGAUAUGGGUGGUGGAUAUGGGUGGUGGAUAUGGGUGGUGGAUAUGGGGGGUGGAUAUGGGUGGUGGAUAUGGGUGGUGGAUAUGGGUGGUGGAUAUGGGGGGUGGAUAUGGGGGGUGGAUAUGGGUGGUGGAUAUGGGUGGUGGAUAUGGGUGGUGGAUAUGGGUGGUGGAUAUGGGUGGUGGAUAUGGGUGGUGGAUAUGGGUGGUGGAUAUGGGGGGUGGAUAUGGGUGGUGGAUAUGGGUGGUGGAUAUGGGUGGUGGAUAUGGGUGGUGGAUAUGGGUGGUGGAUAUGGGUGGUGGAUAUGGGUGGUGGAUAUGGGGUGGAUAUGGGUGGUGGAUAUGGGUGGUGGAUAUGGGUGGUGGAUAUGGGUGGUGGAUAUGGGUGGUGGAUAUGGGUGGUGGAUAUGGGUGGUGGAUAUGGGUGGUGGAUAUGGGGGGUGGAUAUGGGGGGUGGAUAUGGGGGGUGGAUAUGGGUGGUGGAUAUGGGUGGUGGAUAUGGGGGGUGGAUAUGGGGGGUGGAUAUGGGGGGUGGAUAUGGGUGGUGGAUAUGGGUGGUGGAUAUGGGUGGUGGAUAUGGGGGGUGGAUAUGGGUGGUGGAUAUGGGUGGUGGAUAUGGGUGGUGGAUAUGGGUGGUGGAUAUGGGUGGUGGAUAUGGGUGGUGGAUAUGGGUGGUGGAUAUGGGUGGUGGAUAUGGGUGGUGGAUAUGGGUGGUGGAUAUGGGUGGUGGAUAUGGGGGGUGGAUAUGGGUGGUGGAUAUGGGUGGUGGAUAUGGGUGGUGGAUAUGGGGGGUGGAUAUGGGGGGUGGAUAUGGGUGGUGGAUAUGGGUGGUGGAUAUGGGUGGUGGAUAUGGGGGGUGGAUAUGGGGGGUGGAUAUGGGUGGUGGAUAUGGGUGGUGGAUAUGGGGGGUGGAUAUGGGGGGUGGAUAUGGGGGGUGGAUAUGGGUGGUGGAUAUGGGUGGUGGAUAUGGGUGGUGGAUAUGGGGGGUGGAUAUGGGUGGUGGAUAUGGGUGGUGGAUAUGGGUGGUGGAUAUGGGUGGUGGAUAUGGGUGGUGGAUAUGGGUGGUGGAUAUGGGUGGUGGAUAUGGGUGGUGGAUAUGGGUGGUGGAUAUGGGUGGUGGAUAUGGGUGGUGGAUAUGGGGGGUGGAUAUGGGUGGUGGAUAUGGGUGGUGGAUAUGGGUGGUGGAUAUGGGGGGUGGAUAUGGGGGUGGAUAUGGGUGGUGGAUAUGGGUGGUGGAUAUGGGUGGUGGAUAUGGGUGGUGGAUAUGGGUGGUGGAUAUGGGUGGUGGAUAUGGGUGGUGGAUAUGGGUGGUGGAUAUGGGUGGUGGAUAUGGGUGGUGGAUAUGGGUGGUGGAUAUGGGUGGUGGAUAUGGGUGGUGGAUAUGGGUGGUGGAUAUGGGUGGUGGAUAUGGGUGGUGGAUAUGGGGGGUGGAUAUGGGGGGUGGAUAUGGGUGGUGGAUAUGGGUGGUGGAUAUGGGUGGUGGAUAUGGGUGGUGGAUAUGGGUGGUGGAUAUGGGUGGUGGAUAUGGGGGGUGGAUAUGGGUGGUGGAUAUGGGGGGUGGAUAUGGGUGGUGGAUAUGGGGGGUGGAUAUGGGGGGUGGAUAUGGGUGGUGGAUAUGGGGGGUGGAUAUGGGUGGUGGAUAUGGGGGGUGGAUAUGGGUGGUGGAUAUGGGUGGUGGAUAUGGGUGGUGGAUAUGGGUGGUGGAUAUGGGUGGUGGAUAUGGGUGGUGGAUAUGGGUGGUGGAUAUGGGUGGUGGAUAUGGGUGGUGGAUAUGGGUGGUGGAUAUGGGUGGUGGAUAUGGGGGGUGGAUAUGGGUGGUGGAUAUGGGUGGUGGAUAUGGGUGGUGGAUAUGGGGGGUGGAUAUGGGGGGUGGAUAUGGGGGGUGGAUAUGGGUGGUGGAUAUGGGUGGUGGAUAUGGGUGGUGGAUAUGGGGGGUGGAUAUGGGGGGUGGAUAUGGGGGGUGGAUAUGGGUGGUGGAUAUGGGUGGUGGAUAUGGGGGGUGGAUAUGGGUGGUGGAUAUGGGUGGUGGAUAUGGGUGGUGGAUAUGGGUGGUGGAUAUGGGUGGUGGAUAUGGGUGGUGGAUAUGGGGGGUGGAUAUGGGGGGUGGAUAUGGGUGGUGGAUAUGGGUGGUGGAUAUGGGUGGUGGAUAUGGGUGGUGGAUAUGGGUGGUGGAUAUGGGUGGUGGAUAUGGGUGGUGGAUAUGGGGGGUGGAUAUGGGCGGUGGAUAUGGGCGGUGGAUAUGGGUGGUGGAUAUGGGUGGUGGAUAUGGGUGGUGGAUAUGGGUGGUGGAUAUGGGUGGUGGAUAUGGGUGGUGGAUAUGGGGGGUGGAUAUGGGUGGUGGAUAUGGGUGGUGGAUAUGGGUGGUGGAUAUGGGUGGUGGAUAUGGGGGGUGGAUAUGGGUGGUGGAUAUGGGUGGUGGAUAUGGGUGGUGGAUAUGGGGGGUGGAUAUGGGGGGUGGAUAUGGGUGGUGGAUAUGGGUGGUGGAUAUGGGUGGUGGAUAUGGGUGGUGGAUAUGGGUGGUGAAUAUGGGUGGUGGAUAUGGGUGGUGGAUAUGGGUGGUGGAUAUGGGGGGUGGAUAUGGGUGGUGGAUAUGGGGGGUGGAUAUGGGGGGUGGAUAUGGGGGGUGGAUAUGGGGGGUGGAUAUGGGGGGUGGAUAUGGGGGGUGGAUAUGGGGGGUGGAUACGAGGGGUGGAUAUGGGGGUUCUUACGCGUCCACGCGGCUUGA